AUUUUAUCAGCUAAUCGAUUUGAACGAUAAUCGCAAUAUCAGGUUGCCUAGCCUCUGGAAUUUUCUGAAAAUCUCGAAAGAUAUUUUGUCUAAAAUGUCAGGCAUUGGGAGCUUAGCGUUUGACGAAUAUGGAAGACCUUUCAUCAUUAUGAAGGAUCAAGAAAAACAGAAGAGAUUGACUGGAAUUGAAGCUCACAAGUCUCAUAUUUUGGCCGCUAAAACAAUCGCAUCCACUCUUAGGACAUCUCUUGGACCAAAAGGAUUGGACAAAAUGAUGGUUAGUCCUGACGGUGAAGUGACUAUCACUAACGAUGGAGCCACAAUCUUAGACAAGAUGGAUGUUGAGCACCAAAUUGCUAAAUUGAUGGUUCAACUAUCAAAAUCUCAGGAUGAUGAAAUUGGAGAUGGUACAACCGGAGUUGUUGUUUUGGCAGGCGCCCUGAUUGAACAAGCAGAGCAAUUGCUUGAUCGUGGAAUCCAUCCGAUUCGAAUUGCUGAUGGCUACGAGAUGGCGGCUCAAGUAGCUGUUAAGGAGUUGGAUAAAGUUGCAGAAUCGUUUCCGAUCGACUUAAAAAACCCAGACAAAUUGAUUGAAACUGCUAUGACAACCUUAGGGAGUAAAAUUAUCAACAAGUGCCAUAGGAAAAUGGCUGAAAUAGCUGUGGAUGCUAUAUUGAGUGUUGCAGACCUUGAGAGGAAGGAUGUAGACUUUGAACUAAUUAAAGUCGAAGGAAAGGUUGGAGGAAAAUUAGAAGACACAGUCCUUGUUAAGGGCGUUAUAGUCGACAAGGAUUUUUCCCAUCCACAAAUGCCCAAAGAAGUUAAGGAUGCUAAACUAGCAAUCCUCACCUGCCCAUUCGAACCACCGAAACCAAAAACAAAGCAUAAGUUGGAUGUUACAAACGUAGAAGAUUACAAAAAACUGAGAGAAUAUGAGAGACAAAAAUUUACAGAUAUGGUUGAAUUAGUAAAAAAGGCUGGCGCAAACUUAGUUAUUUGUCAAUGGGGCUUCGAUGAUGAAGCUAAUCAUCUCCUACUCCAAAAAGAAUUACCCGCUGUCCGUUGGGUUGGAGGUCCAGAAAUCGAGUUAAUUGCCAUCGCAACUGGAGGAAGAAUAGUACCCAGAUUCGAAGAAUUAACAACUGAAAAAUUGGGGGAAGCCGGAAUUGUUAGAGAGCUAUCAUUUGGCACAACCAAAGAUCGCAUGUUGGUCAUUGAGAAAUGUAAGAAUUCGCGAGCAGUAACAAUCUUCAUUAGAGGAGGAAACAAAAUGAUCGUGGAAGAAGCUAAAAGGUCAAUUCACGACGCUCUUUGUGUCAUACGGAACUUAGUAAGAGAUAAUCGUAUUGUUUUCGGUGGCGGUGCUGCAGAAAUUGCCUGCUCUUUAGCCGUUGGAAAAGAAGCCGACAAAAUAUCUACUCUAGAACAGUAUGCAGUGAGAGCUUUCGCAGAGGCUCUUGAAUCUGUUCCUCUAGCACUGGCUGAAAAUUCAGGUCUCCCUCCCAUCAACACCUUAGCCGAGGUCAAGUCUCAGCAAGCAAAAAAUGGAGAUCCAAAAUUAGGAAUUGAUUGCUUAAACAAAGGAACUAAGGAUAUGAAAAAACAACAAGUUUUCGAACCAUAUUUAUCUAAAAAGCAACAAAUUCUAUUGGCUACCCAAGUAGUAAAGAUGAUUCUGAAGAUAGACGAUAUUAGAGCUCCAGCUGACAUGGGACUGGAUAUGUAAUAGUGUUUACAUGUUUGCUUUUUGUUUACUAAGCAUAUUUUUUUUAAAUUCAACGAAUAUAUUCUCUCAGCUAAGGAGUUUGACAAAAAAUUGCAAAAUAUUGUGUACAACGCUUGAGUAUAAUUUCGCGCAAAAAGUAUUUAUUUGUAAAUUGAGUGGCAAAACAAUAUAAAUCAAAAAUUUUAAAUAA